UUUCAACUGCUCCUUUUGUCAACAAACUACCCGCCCGGCCAUGUGCUAAACUGAACACAAAAUUUUGUUAUCGUGUUUAUUAGGCCCCCGGAAAGUUUACCUUUUAAAUAACUCUACAAUAUGGAAGUCGACGGAAUUGAUGUGCAGGUGCUUGCCACGGAGAAGCCCAAACCUUCAACAGAAACCACCAAACCUAGCAGCAGAAAGGAAGUGCGUAAAGUGUUUGUUCCUAGAUCCAGACAAUCGGCGUUGAAGGAGCAAUGGUUAAAAAUAUUCACACCAAUCGUCGAACAACUUCUGCUGCAGAUCCGCUACAACAUCAAAAGUAAACAGGUAGAAAUUCGACUGGGUCCGGAAACGAAAGAUUCCGCCAACCUGCAGAAGGGUGCCGACUUCGUUAAGGCAUUCAUUCUGGGCUUCGAAGUGGACGAUGCAUUGGCACUCCUUCGGCUGGAUGAUCUAUUCAUUGAAUCGUUCGAGGUUACCGACGUGAAAAUGCUAAAAGGUGACCACCUCAGUCGAGCCAUUGGGCGAUUGGCCGGUAAGGGCGGCCGCACCAAGUUCACCCUGGAAAAUAGCACAAAAACCAGAAUUGUGCUACAGGACUCUAAAAUUCACAUCCUUGGAAAUUACAAAAAUAUUCAGUACGCCAAAAGGGCCAUCAGCCAUCUUAUUUUAGGAUCACCAGCCAGUAAAGUGUACGGCAAUUUAAGAUCGGCUGUGGGGAAGCUUUCUGAUCGAAUGUAGGGAAUAUUCUUUCGAUUCAAUUUUGUUUAAUAAAAAAAAUCUUUAAAUACUUAA